CACGCGCCGGUGUGUUAGCAUCGAGCUAGCAACAGUCGGCUAACCGUAUGCGGUUUUCAAUGGGGAAACCGUACACGAAAUUAGUACUUCUCUUUCCUGAUGUUUUGAUUAAUUUUUGUUAUGUCUAACUUAAUUUUUUUUAAGUUUUCAAAGUAAAUUUUUAGAGGGAACUAGGUAGACUCGCUGAGAUUUUUAGGUGUCCCGAUGGCGACAGAUGUGGUUGCAGAGUUGGCCGCUUCAUUGGCCAAGACUGGGGUCGUGGAUGGAGAGCUGAGUUACAAAGGUCAGGGAAGGAAACUGGAUGAUGCCAAGUCAGUGGAGGAGAUUGUGAAGAACAUCCAGGACUUUGAGGGUUUAGAAGCUCUGAGGCUGGAGGGAAACACUGUUGGCGUUGAAGCUGCACAAGCCAUCGCCAAAGCUCUCGAGACCAAGAAUGAACUGAAGUGCUGUUAUUGGAGUGACAUGUUUACUGGUCGUGUGCGUUCUGAGAUUCCUCCUGCUUUGAAUUCUCUGGGCGAUGCUCUGAUGCUGGCUGGAGCCAGGCUGACCGUUCUAGACCUCAGCGAUAACGCAUUUGGACCGGAUGGUGUAAAAGGAAUUGAAAAGUUGCUUAAGAGCACCUCCUGUUACACAUUACAGGAGUUGCGCCUCAACAACUGCGGCAUGGGCAUUGGAGGUGGCAAGAUUUUGGCAGCUUCGUUGAUGCAUUGUCAUCAAAAAUCCAGUGCAGAGAAGACCCCCCUCAGCCUGAAGGUGUUUGUUGCGGGAAGAAAUCGCCUGGAGAACGAUGGAGCCGCCGCCCUCGCCCAAGCCUUCCAGUUGAUUGGCACGUUGGAGGAAGUCCACAUGCCCCAGAAUGGCAUCAAUCACCCGGGUGUGACAGCUCUGGCCUCAGCCAUGCAGCAGAACCCACAACUUCGAAUCCUCAACCUCAAUGACAACACCUUUACAGAGAAAGGAGCUCUCGCCAUGGCUCAGGCCUUGAAACAUCUCCAUAGCAUCCAGGUGAUCAACUUUGGAGACUGUCUGGUCCGACCGGCAGGCGCUAAAGCCAUCGCAGAAGCUGUAACUGAAGGGCUGCCGGCCCUGAUGGAGCUGAAUCUGUCCUUUGGUGAGAUCACAGAGGAAGCAGCUCUGGCUUUGGCCCACGCCGUUAAAGACAAGGAGCAGCUGCAGAGGCUGGAUCUCAAUGGAAACUGUCUGGGAGAGGACGGCUGUAAAGCCCUGAAAGAGGUCAUGGAAGGCAUGAAUAUGGGACAACUUCUCGGCUCGCUGAGUGAUGAUGAAGGUGACCCAGAGGAUGACGACGAUGAGGAUGAAGACGAUGAGGAUGACGAUGAUGAGGAUGAGGAUGAAGAGGAAGACAUUGACGAGGAGGAGCUAGAAGAGGAAGAGGAAGAAGAGGAGGAAGAGAAAAGCCAAGUAAACAAGAUGUCCACUCCUGUGUCUGCCCCCCGACCACCAGACGUCUCCUCCUUCCUCACUUUUCCCUCCCCUGACAAACUGCUCAAACUGGGGGCCAAGAGAGCUUUGCUGGUCCAGCAGGAGGUGGACACAACAGACGGCAGAAAAACCGCAGAAGCCUUCCUUAAGAUCGCAUCCGUGUACAAAGAGGAGAAUAAUGAUGUAAAGAGAGCAGUUUUGGACACCAUCGAUGCUCUUCUAAGUAAAGCUUUCAACGACACUUCCUUCCAAGGCUACAACUUUGUUUCAGCAUUGUUGGUGCUACUCGGCCUCAUUAAGAGUGAGGACAAAGUGAAGCCUGUGCUGGUGGUUCCCGGUCACCUCCACGCCAUAGAGCACGCAGUUCGCCAAGACUAUUUCCCCAAAGAGAGCGUGGCCGUCCUGAAGGCCUUCAUGUCCCGGAGCAGUAAGAGCUUGGAGUCAUGUGGAAGUGCUAAAAAUGUCCUCCAGUCAACACUGCAGAGAAUCGGAUCUCAAUGCUGAGGGGCAUUCUCACUCACGGACUGAUCUUUUAUCACUUCUGGACCUUUGGAAAGCAGCUCCACUUCCAUAAUGAGGCACUACUCAGGCUCUUUGGACUUGAACGCACUGUUUGAAGUGAAAUACGCUCCUACAGGACUGACAAUCACCUGCCUCUCCUUUUAAACCUCCCAGUUAGUGACAUCAAACUGAAAAAGAUCAAAAGUUAAAUUCUCCUGUGGCAUUUGUUUUUUUUCUUUGCAUUUAUUAUUGUUUUAUAUUGAAACAAAUAUAUAUCAGCUCUGAAAGAUGGUCAAAUUGUAAUAUUGAUGCAUAUUUACUGCCUUUCAUGACAAUAGUUGCUGUGUUUUGGGCUUAAUUGUGAUAAAAAAAUAAACAUUUAUUUGUUGUAUGAA